GACAGUCCAGACCAGGAUUCAGUUGUGGGUUCCUGAACCUCUAACUGCACACUUUACCAUUUGACUAGAGAUUAAGAGUCGAAUUUUAUUAGAAAAUCUACCUCUUUACAACAUCUUUGAUCAACUGGAAUUACAGAUGCAUCCUGACUUGUCUGCUCAUUUGCACACAGAUGAAUGUAACACUUUAAUAAAAGUUUUUACCAGUUGCCAAGAACAGCAUGGGUUCCUCAGAUUCCUUGGAUAUUGUGAUCCCUUGUUCACUGAUGUACAGAAAUGUUUACGGAGGGAGAGAAUAAAUCGGAGAAAAGAGGACAGAGAAAGUAACAGACAGAGAAUGAAAGCAUUAAGGGAGAGACAAGCAAAAGGAUUAGCAGAACCAUAUAAAGAAGUGUGAAUGAAUGAAAGAAAGUGAAUGAAUGGAUGAAUGAAUGAAUGAAUGUUUCAGUGGGGAAUUCUUUUACUCACAAAAUAUAAUCAUGUCAACGCUACAGCCUUGAACAUUUACCUUGAAAGACAUAAAAAAAUCCAUCGAUCCCAAAUCUAAAUUUUAUGCAACCAGUUGUAUAGAUUUGUUCAUAAGAAGAAGUUGUGUAAUGUUAUGAAAUGUACUUUACAGAGUUGUUCACUGUGUCAAGGCGUUAAAACUUUUAUUGAAAAAUUCCAAGCAGCUUAUAUUGCAAGUGUCAGUAAUGUAGAUGUUCCUUUUGUAUAGAUUUUUUUAUGUACCAUAAAGUAUUGUUAUUUAUAAGAACACAACAUUUUGGCACUAA